CUCGCAAACCGGCGCCUCGAUACACCCAUCAAAUUGACGGUUUUGAAGGGCGUAAUCGUACCGGCGCUAGAGUACGCCGGAGAAGUAUGGGAAGGAAAAAAGAAGGUAGACUAUUAGUGAAAGAACUCGAGGCGGCGCAGAUGAAAGCAGCGAAAAUCAUCCCAGGAUACUCCAAGCUCACAAGUAAUGCAGCCGUGAGGGCAGAAUUGGGGAUCCAAUCCCUACGGUCGGGAAGAGACGCGAGGAAGCUGACCUGGCAGUAUCGCAUGUGCGGGAUGGGAGAGGAGAGGUUGCCGAGAAUUGUAUGGGAGGCGAAGUGGGCAAACAAAAAGAGGGGUAGACAACCCACGGAAUGGGUCAAGGUUGUAGAGGACGUAUGGAAGGGGCUCGACAUCGACGAAGAUGAAACGCUGGAAACGGAGGGUCUACAGGGGUUCAAGGAGAAGAUAUCUGUUGCUUGUGCCGAGAGAGAAGAACAGAAUCUGAGGAAAGAAUCCAAGGAUAAGGAGGGUCUAGAAGUGUACGGAAUGUUGAAGGAAGGACUAGGGUUCAAGGAUUACCUACAUGGACCAAUGGAUGCAGGAACAAAGCUUAAUGUCAAAUUCAGGACCGGGGACAUAGGCCUUCGAGAACGUCGACGAAGACAUAGGACGGUAGACGAGGAAGACGACGAGUUCAAAUGUGAUUGCGGCUUCGAAUGCGAAGACCGUGUUCAUGUAGUCGCGGAAUGUCCGUUGUACAAGAAGGAGAGGAAAGUGUACGUGACCGGGCUGGGAAAAAUAGAUGGGACGUACAGGGAGAUGUUUGAGGCAUGGAAUAGAGAGGAAAGGACGGUAGCUGUACUGGGGCAUAGGAGGUGGGUUGAAAAGGCGGGAAGGGAUAUCGUUGGGAUAGACAGACUAGGGAAGGCAAUUUUAAGCCACCUUUGGCAAAUUAGAAAGGAACGAUUGGCCAUCGGUGGUCGGUCCUGUGGGAACAAUGCUCCGUCCU